AUGGUCAAUGAAUUUCCAAAAACGGAACAAUUAAUUUUACGCGAGUCGGAUGACGUCAUCAUCCUUAGUUCUCUGCAGCUCGCUAAAGGUCAAGUCGAUGCUCAGAAUCAACCCGGAGAACGUCCAGGAAAACAAUAUCGGUUUCCUGAUGACUUAAAACCUGUAGACGACGUGUAUGCUAACGGUAAACUAUACAAAGGAAGUGGGAAACUUGAAGGAAAGGUUGCGUGGAUCAGCGGUGGUGAUAGUGGAAUUGGUCGCGCAACAGCAAUCUUAUUCGCGUUGGAAGGCGCAGAUAUGACCAUUGUAUUCAAAGAUGGCGAGGAGAAGGACGCAGAGGAUACCAGGAACUAUAUCCGUCAAAAAACCAACAACACCAGAACUAUCCACCUCGUAUCCGCAGAUCUACGUAACGAAUCCAACUGGCUCACGGCGUCCCAAUGGGAAGACACAUUCGCGUUGAACAUUCAUUCGUAUUUCCACAUUACCAAAGCUGCAUUACCCUACAUGCCUCGCGGGGGUAGUAUCAUGAAUAUGGCUAGUAUCAACGCGUUUGUGGGUCGUGACGAUUUACUCGAUUACACGUCGACCAAGGGCGCUGUUGUGAGCUUCACCAGAGGUUUGAGUAACCAAGUUGUUGGUGAAAAAGGUAUACGUGUUAAUGCCAUUUGCCCAGGACCCAUCUGGACACCACUUGUUCCAUCAACGUUUUCGAAAUCCAAUGUUGAAGAGUUCAGCUCUGGCGGAGGAGUUCCCAUGGGUAGAGCUGGUCAGCCCGUCGAAGUUGCUACGUGUUGCGUUUUUCUGGCUAGUGAAGACUCAAGCUAUAUCUCUGGCAAUAUGAUUCAUCCAAACGGCGGCGUCGUGAUAAACUGA